CGUAGUGUAGCGUUGCUAGGAGAUCUGAGGGAGAUCUUUCCUCCUUCGUUCGUGGCUCCCGUUGAAAAAGGCCUGACCGCUUUAUCCUCCACCAUACCAUAAUGCAGUAGUGACCAAAGUGUAGUUUUGGACUUCAUCUCCCAGAAUCCUUCACCAUUGGCCAAGGUGUCUGAGGCUUCUAGGAGUUGAAGUCUAGAAUCCAGAACUUACAAGAAGGGCUUCAUUGGUGAAGGGGCCUGUAGGCCAUGGUGAAGCUGGCUGCCAAAUGCAUCGUGGCAGGUGAUUCAGCCGUGGGGAAGAGUGCCAUGAUCCAGAUGUUCUGCAAUGAUGGGGCUCAUUUCCAAAAAAACUAUACACUGACAACAGGAGUAGAACUGCUAAUGAAGACAGUACCUAUUCCAGAGACAAGUGAUAGUGUGGAACUCUUCCUCUUUGAUUCGGGAGGCAAGGAACUCUUUGCUGAGAUACUUGACAGACUGUAUUUUCCCUUUGCUACACAGUGGGAACAGCCAAAUGCACUAUGCAUUGUAUAUGAUGUCACCAGUGAAGAAUCUUUCAAUAAUUGUACUAAGUGGCUAGAGAAGCUGAGGGCCCAGACCUCUGGAAUGCACAUACCAGGUGUAUUAGUGGGCAAUAAGACUGAUUUGAUUGAUAGACGAGUUGUAGAGCGAAAUCAAGCACAAGAAUGGGCAGAAACCAAUGGCUUGGAGUACUGUGAGAUUUCAGUUAAAGAAAUGGAAAACUAUGAAGCACCUUUCCGCAUUUUAGCAAAUUCCUUCCACCAACUGUACAAAGAGAAGGUGGAAACCUUUCGUUCACUGGUUUGAGGCGGAUCUGAAGUUUAUGCAUAUUGACUUUUUUUAUUUGAGCCUGAAAAUAAUCAUAUGUUUAAUUAUCAUCGAUAAUGACCUAAGAGAAUGGAAAUUAGACCUUAUGUUCUGUUUCUUUCUGGCAAUUCUAAGGCAAACAACCCAUUAAAGGUGUUUUUCUUCA